AUGGCAUUGCACAGGUUCAGGCAAUAUGCCAGCUCCUGAGCAGACCCCAUUGGUGGAGGAAGGUCUGCAGCAGACCACCCAGGAAACCUCCACAGGCCCGGGCAUGGAGCCAGAGACUACUGCCACUACCAUUCUAGCUUCUGUAAAAGAGCAGGAGCUCCAGUUUCAAAGACUCACCAGAGAGCUGGAGGUGGAAAGGCAAAUCGUUGCCAGUCAGCUAGAAAGGUGUAGGCUUGGCGCAGAAUCACCAAGUAUUGCCAGCACAAGCUCUACUGAGAAGUCAUUUCCUUGGAGAUCAGCAGAUGUGCCAACUACAGAUGUAAGCAAACCCAGAGUGUCUGACAGUGUCCAUAUCAAUACUUAUCAGGUUAGAACAGAGCCAGAACAAGGGAACCUCUGCUCACCAGAACAGACAUCUCUCCAUGAAAGUGAGGGGUCAGUAGGUAACUCAAGAAGUUCAACACAAAUGAAUUCUUAUUCUGACAGUGGUUAUCAGGAAGUAAGCAGUUUCCAUAACAGCCAGAACUUGGGCAAGUCAGAAAAUAGACAGCAGCAUUCACUUACUGGAACCACUAGUAAUCAUUUGGUGAGAAACUCACGGGCUGAAGGACAAACUUUAGUUCAGCCCUCCGUAAAUAUUGCUGCCAACCGAGCGAUGAGACGUGUUAGUUCUGUUCCAUCCAGAACACAGUCUCCUUCUUAUGUUAUCAGCACAGGUGUUUCUCCUUCAAGGGGGUCACUGAGAACUUCUGUAGGAAGUGGUUAUGGUUCUCCAUCAGUUACUGAAUCACGACCCCUUACUUCUAGUGCAUAUUCAUCCACUACAUUACCUGUACAGCGAGCAACAUCUCCCUAUACAACACAGAGACCUGCUUCACCAGCAGCUGUACGGCGGAUCGGUUCAGUCACAUCUAGGCAGGCAGCUAACCCCAGUGGAGGAACUUCUCAAUACCAAACAUCUGUCAGAGUGGGCUCACCUCUUGCCCUAACUGAUGCACAGACAAGAGUAGCUUCUCCAUCUCAAGCCCAGAUGGGAUCUUCUUCCCCAAAACGUGCUGGCAUGACUGCAGUUCCACAGCAUUUGGGAACAACAUUACAAAGAACAAUUCAUGACAUUGACCAGUAUGGACAGCAAUAUGAUAUCUAUGAGAGAAUGGUACCACCACGUCCAGAUAGCCUUACAGGCUUGAGGAGUUCGUAUGCUAGUCAGAACAGUCAGCUUGGGCAAGAAUUACGUUCUGCUGUAUCUCCUGACCUACACAUCACCCCCAUAUAUGAAGGGAGAACCUAUUACAGUCCUGUGUACCGCAGUCCAAAUCAUGGAGCAGUUGAGCUACACCAAGGGUCCCAGACAGCACUAUAUCGAACUGGGUCAGGUGUUGGAAAUCUGCAAAGGUCAUCCAGUCAGCGUAGCACACUUGCAUACCAAAGAAAUAAUUAUCCCUUGAACACAACAGCUGCCUAUGCAGAACCCUACAGGUCAAUGCAGUACCGACUGUCAGAGUCCAGUUAUAACAGGCUACAACAUGCAACGCCAGCAGAUGAUGGUACAACAAGAUCUCCAUCCAUAGACAGCAUACAGAAAGAUCCUAGGGAGUUUGCAUGGCGGGAUCCAGAAUUGCCUGAAGUCAUUCACAUGCUUCAGCACCAGUUCCCAUCAGUUCAAGCAAAUGCAGCAGCCUACCUUCAGCACCUGUGCUUUGGAGAUAACAAAGUAAAAAUUGAGGUAUGUAGGUUAGGAGGAAUCAAGCAUCUGGUUGACCUUUUGGAUCACAGAGUCCUUGAAGUUCAGAAGAACGCUUGUGGCGCACUGAGAAACCUUGUUUAUGGAAAGUCGACUGAUGAAAAUAAAAUAGCAAUGAAGAAUGUUGGUGGGAUACCUGCCCUUUUGAGGUUGUUAAGAAAAUCUAUUGAUGCAGAAAUAAGAGAGCUCGUAACAGGAGUUCUCUGGAACUUGUCCUCAUGUGAUGCAGUAAAGAUGACAAUCAUUCGAGAUGCUCUAUCAACGCUAACUAACACUGUGAUAGUUCCACAUUCUGGAUGGAAUAAUUCUUCCUUUGACGAUGAUCAUAAAAUUAAAUUCCAGACUUCUCUAGUUCUGCGCAAUACUACAGGAUGCCUGAGGAAUCUAAGCUCUGCAGGAGAAGAGGCAAGGAAGCAGAUGAGGUCUUGUGAAGGGCUGGUUGAUUCUUUGCUAUAUGUGAUCCAUACAUGUGUGAACACAUCAGAUUAUGACAGCAAGACAGUGGAGAACUGUGUGUGCACACUGAGAAACUUGUCCUAUCGCCUAGAAUUGGAGGUACCUCAGGCACGUCUGCUGGGUAUAAAUGAAUUGGAUGACUUGUUAGGGAAAGAAUCACCCAGCAAAGAUUCAGAGCCAAGCUGCUGGGGGAAAAAAAAGAAGAAGAAAAAACGAACUUCACCAGAAGAUCAGUGGGAUGGAGUUGGCCCUAUACCGGGAUUUUCAAAGUCUCCUAAGGGUGUGGAAAUGCUGUGGCACCCAUCUGUAGUAAAACCCUAUCUAACACUUCUAGCAGAAAGCUCCAACCCAGCUACUUUAGAGGGCUCUGCAGGAUCUCUCCAGAAUCUUUCCGCAGGCAACUGGAAGUUUGCAGCAUAUAUUCGAGCUGCUGUCAGAAAAGAAAAAGGGCUUCCAAUCCUUGUGGAACUUCUGAGAAUGGAUAAUGAUAGAGUUGUUUCUUCUGUGGCAACUGCCUUAAGGAAUAUGGCUUUAGAUGUUCGCAAUAAGGAGCUUAUUGGUAAAUACGCUAUGCGAGAUCUGGUGAAUCGCCUUCCAGGAGGCAAUGGCCCAAGCAUAUUGUCUGAUGAGACUGUAGCAGCAAUCUGCUGUGCUUUGCAUGAGGUCACCAGUAAAAACAUGGAAAAUGCCAAAGCUUUGGCUGACACAGGAGGAAUAGAAAAACUGGUGAACAUAACAAAAGGAAGGGGUGACAGAUCAUCACUUAAAGUGGUCAAGGCAGCAGCUCAGGUAUUGAAUACAUUAUGGCAAUACCGAGACCUCCGUAGCAUUUAUAAAAAGGAUGGAUGGAAUCAGAAUCAUUUUAUUACACCAGUAUCAACAUUGGAACGAGACAGAUUCAAAUCACAUCCUUCCUUGUCUACAACAAAUCAGCAAAUGUCACCUAUCAUUCAGUCAGUUGGCAGCACAUCUUCAUCGCCAGCACUGUUAGGAAUUAGAGAACCUCGUUCUGAAUACAAUAGGACACAACCUUCUAUGCAGUAUUACAAUAGCCAAGGUGAUGUCAUUACGCAUAAAGACACAUAUACUGGGUCCAGCAAACCUUCACCGAUUUACAUCAGUUCCUAUUCCUCACCAGCAAGAGAACAAAAUAGACGGCUACAGCAUCAGCAGUUGUACUACAGUCAAGAUGACUCCAGCAGAAAGAACUAUGAUGCAUACAGAUUAUAUUUGCAGUCCCCACAUAGCUAUGAAGACCCCUAUUUUGAUGAUCGAGUUCAUUUUCCAGCUACUACAGAUUACAUGACACAAUAUGGACUGAAAUCAACCACAAAUUACGUAGACUUCUAUUCCACUAGACGGCCCUCUUACAGAGCAGAACAAUACCCAGGGUCACCUGAUUCUUGGGUGUAGCAUCAGAAAGUUACACAGAGGAAUGCUAUAGCUUCUAAUCUUGCUUGGGAAGAAAUGGAAUGGCCUGUUUGCUGUUUGGAUGGUGAAAUGUGAAAGUGAAGUAAAAGGAGGAACAAGGAGGAGCUUUUUUUCAAGGACUUAUCAGGAAGGUGAGAGAGAAAUUGGAAGGGAGAACUUCUUGCUCUGUUUAGACGUUAGAUCUAAUUG